AAUUGAUCAACGUCGACUUUUGGCCAGUUGAGAUGGCACAACCCUUUGCACCAGUUAACAGAAAGUCUUUCCCAGCAGUUCCGCUCCGAACGACAAAAGACGCCAGAUAUUGGAAGUCUUUCAAGGUCUCGAGUGAAAUACUUCAACCUGCCACGGUUACCGACGUUGAGUUUUGUCCAGCAACUUCGAAUACGCUUAUUUCCACCUCAGGAACUCAAAUAUCUGUUAUUUCUGUUGAAAGGGGUCAAAUUAUGAAUCGAAUUACUUCUUUCAAAGAGCAUGUUUAUGGCGGAAGUUUUAGGAAGGAUAGUGCACUUAUAGCUGCAGGUGGAGAGGAAGCCAUCGUUCGUGUUUUUGACGCAAAGAAAAGAAACCUUUUACGAAGUUUUUCUGGUCACAAUGGUGCUGUUCACUCCACAAAAUUCUCCCACGAUGGUAUUCGUGUGAUGUCGGGUGGCGACGAUCAUGUUGUUCGCUGUUGGGAUCUCCCGACAGAAAGUUGUUUAUUUGAACUUGUCCAUCAUAGAGACUUUGUACGUUCUCAGGCUUGUUGUCCUUCGCCUCACCUAUGGGCCACCGGCUCUUAUGAUAAAAAGAUGCGAUUGUUUGAUCUUCGAUCGAAAGAAGUUAUAUUCGAAUUGAAUCAUGAUAGUCUUAUUGAAGAUAUUUUAGUUUUUCCUAGUGGUACUUUGGCUGUAUCAGUCGGAGGAAACAGUGUACGAGUGUGGGAUCUAUUCACCGGUGGGAGAAUGCUUGCGAAUCUUCAAAAUCAUUCUAGAGCAGCUAUGUGUGCAUCACUUGAUGGCUCGGGUUCUAGGCUCAUUACAGGUGGCUUGGAUCAACAAGUAAAGGUUUAUAAUACUUCAUCCUUUGAAAUGGUUGCUUCUGUAUGGAUUGAAGGAGAAGUUGUAUCUAUUUCGUUGAGUCAAGACGAGCAUUUUUUGGCUUGUGGUUUAUCCAAUGGGAAAUUGAUUUUGAAGCGACAUUCACCUGUUAGUAGUUUAAGAGAUGGAGAAGUGGAAGAACAUGGAAGAGAUACAUAUCAAGUUGUAAGUGCGUCAACUAUUGGGACAAAGAGGACAGAUGCAGUUCCUGGAACACUUCGUUAUUUUUUUAGGGGACAAAAUCAAAAAGCUCGCCCUGAAGACGCUGCUGUUCCAAAACCUCCAAAGAUAAAGUUGAGAAAACAUGAUAAAAUGCUUCAGUCGUUUCGAUAUAGCGAUGCUCUUGAUGCAGCUAUGGAAACAGGCCAAACUGCAUUUUCUUGUGCUGUUAUUGAAGAACUUGUUUCAAGAAAUGGAUUGAAGACAGCGUUGUCUGGAAGAGACGAAGAAAGUUUGCUUCCAGUAUUACAGCUUCUUACGAAGAAUAUGCAAAAUCCUUAUUAUUCGCACACUUUGAUAGGUCUUACAAAGGUUGUAUUAAGUAUUUAUGAGCAAGUUUUGAUAAGUUCGAAUCGUUUGAGGCCUUUUUUAGAGAAGCUUUUGAGCCAAGUGAAAGAAGAAAUUCAGAUACAAAGGGAAAUGAAGCGCACAAUUGGACAAACAAAAGCCAUCCUUUCUACUUGUGAAAAGGUUGGUCAUAAGCAGUGAUAGAUGAAAGUAGAUAAGUUGACAUUCUGUGGAAACAACUUGGCUAUCAACAGUCUUAGUAAUAUUGGAAAGGAUGUCUUUUGGUUAUACAAGAUUCUUUCUCGAUUGCUUUAUCGGAAAGUUAUAUUUGUUUCAGAUAUCAAAAUGUCGUAGCAACUCUUCUCUAUAACAACCAAAGCGAAUGAAGCUGGCCUCUCGAAACUUUUAGGGUUUUGGACAUUUUGACAGAAGAAAUUACUUGCACAAUUCUUGAUGUUCAUUAGUCAUAGUGAGAAAUCUAGGAAGCUUUGCUGUUUUCGUUGUAUCAUGAUAACGAAAGGAAUGUAGCUGAGGAUUGUUGAAUCAAAACUUUCAGAUAGGUAUCCUUGAAGAAUGUGAUGGAAUCUUCAGUCGUAAAGAUGUAUUUUCUCAUGACAAAGAAAGAUGAGUUGGCAACUUUAGAAGGAGAAUUUAUGGGAAGCAACAUUUUGUAAAAUAGAUAUAAAAAGACGCCAAUUCGAUGAGGAAGUAUAUUUUGGUCAUUCAAAGAGAAAUAUAGUUUUACUAAUCCCA